AUGGGCUGGGGAGCAGGAGGGAGCUGCACCCCGCGCCCACCCAUCCGCCAACAGCCCUUGUCAGAGCCCCGUGUGAUCACCGUGGUCUUCCUCGGCCUCCUGCUGGACCUCCUGGCCUUCACUCUGCUGUUGCCUCUGCUGCCAGGGCUGCUGGAGAGCCAUGGCCGUGCCCACGAUCCCCUCUAUGGCUCCUGGCAACAAGGCGUGGACUGGUUUGCCGCAGCCAUCAGGAUGCCAGCGGAGAAGAGGUACAACAGUGUCCUGUUUGGAGGUCUGAUAGGCUCAGUCUUCUCCUUCCUGCAGUUCCUCUUGGCACCAGUCACGGGGGCUGUCUCAGACUGUCUCGGGAGGCGCCCGGUGAUGCUGCUGUCCCUGGCAGGUCUGGCCACCUCGUAUGCCGUGUGGGCGGCCUCAAAGAGCUUCGCCGCCUUCCUGGCCUCCAGGGUGAUUGGGGGCAUCAGCAAGGGAAACGUCAGCCUCUCCACAGCCAUCGUAGCCGACCUGGGCUCACCUUCCGCCCGCAGCCGAGGCAUGGCAGUCAUUGGAGUGGCCUUCUCGCUGGCCUUCACGCUGGGCCCCAUGCUUGGCGCCUUCCUGCCAGCGGAGAUGGUACCCUGGCUGGCUUUGCUCUUUGCUGCCUCCGACCUGUUGUUUAUUUUCUGCUUCCUGCCGGAGACGCUGCCUGCGGAGAAGCGGGCAUCCUCUAUCGGCCCGGGGUUCCAGGCUGCGGCAGACCUGCUCAGCCCCGUGGCCCUGCUCCGUUUCUCGGCCGUGGCCCGUGGCCAGGACCCACCCGCUGGAGACGGGAUCCGUCACCUUCGCCGCCUGGGUCUGGUGUACUUCCUCUACCUCUUCCUGUUCUCGGGUCUCGAGUUCACCCUCAGCUUCCUCGCUCAUCAGCGCUUCCAGUUCAGCAGCCUGCAGCAAGGAAAGAUGUUUUUCUUCAUCGGCCUCACCAUGGCCACCGUGCAGGGCGCCUACGCCCGGAAGAUCAGCCCUGGCAGCGAGGUUGCAGCGGUGAAGCGGGUACGAGGCUCCCCCGGGCGAAAGGGCACGAUCAUGGGCACGCUUCGGAGCCUGGGCGCCCUGGCCAGGGCAGUGGGACCCAUGGUGGCUGCCUCAGUGUACUGGCUGGCCGGGGCCAGGGUCUGCUUCACGGUGUGCUCAGGCCUCUUCCUGCUCCCUUUCCUGCUCCUGCGCAACCUGAGGCCUCCAGCCCGCAUGGCACCCAAGGCCGAGUAGUGGAGCUAGCCCCGCCCCAAGCUGGGGAAGGGACCUCUCCCCUCCCCCUGGGGCCCAGCCCUGGCCCCUGCCGGACACUCCAGCAGCUCCGUGGUACGCGCGCCUGGACAGUCCUGCCCGUAGUGCUGGGAGC